GCCAGGUCCCCCUUUUUUUUGUGUGUGUGUGUAUGUGUGUGUGUGUCUGCGGGCGCUUCGCGCGUGUAUCAGCCCGCCGGGCGCUCUUUUUUUCUCUGCUCUCCUGAGGGGGGACACACGGACACGCACACACGCCAGUCCCGGAGCCGCCCCCCGCGGGAACGCGCAGCGGCAGCGCGGAAACAAGAGCUAAUACCUCAUCGUCCUCCUCAGCAUCCCGCUCGGGGCUCCCGGGGGGCUCAUGCCACCUGCCCUCCCCCGCCGCCCGCCUCGCCCCGGAGCCCUGUGAGAGCGAGCGGCUGAGGCGGCGGCGGGAGAGCGCGGCGGUGAGGAAGGAUGGCGGACACGGACCUUUUCAUGGAGUGCGAGGAGGAGGAGCUGGAGCCCUGGCAGAAAAUCAGCGACGUGAUCGAAGACUCAGUCGUCGAGGAUUAUCAUUCCGUUGAGAAAACUGCGACGGCUGGCAACCCCCUGGUUCAGCAGAGCGGGCAACCACUGCUCCUGGCCCAGAAUGCGGCUUCAGGUCUGGGCGCCGUGGUCACGCAGCCCGUGCUCCGACCCGUCACCCAGCCCGUGCUGCGGCCUGUGCAGAUCAUGCAGAACGCCAACCACGUCACCAGCUCUCCGGUGACCAGCCAGCCCAUCUUCAUCACCACCCAGGGGUUUCCCGUGAGGAACAUGCGGCCUGUCCAGAACACGAUGAACCAGGUUGGGAUUGUUCUGAAUGUACAGCAGGGUCAGACAGUGAGGCCCAUCACCCUUGUCCCAGCCCCAGGUACCCAGUUUGUGAAACCGACGGUCGGAGUUCCUCAGGUGUUCUCCCAAAUGGCCCAGGUGAGACCCGGCACGACCAUGCCGGUCCGGCCCACCGCCAACACCUUCACCACCGUCAUCCCGGCCACGCUGACCAUCCGCAGCACCGUGCCACAGUCCCAGGCCGCACAGCCCAUGAGCAUCGCCAGCUUUGUGACCGUCAAGAGACCCGGGGUGACGGGGGAGAACAGCAACGAGGUGGCCAAGCUGGUGAACACCCUGAACACGGUUCCUUCAUUAGGCCAGAGCCCCGGCCCGCUCGUGGUUUCCAACAGCAGCCCCGUGCACGGUUCCCAGAGAUCCAGCGUUUCCGAGUCCUCCUCCUCGUCCUCCUCGUUAAAAGUCAGUUCAUCUCCUAUUCCCACGUUCGAUUUGCAAGACGGCGGCAGGAAGGUUUGCCCGCGGUGCGACGCGCAGUUUCGGGUCACGGAAGCUCUCAGAGGACACAUGUGUUACUGCUGCCCUGAAAUGGUUGAGUUCCUCAAGAAAAGAAAAUCUUUAGAAUCUGAACCAAAUAUUCAAUCUGCAAAGCCUCCGUCUCCGGAAAAAACUACGGCUGUUGCUUCACCACCCUCUUCCACUCCCAGCCCUGCGCUGUCCCCGCCUGCCAAAGCUCCGGAACCCGGCGAAAACGUCGUCGACGCGUCCCAAAGCAAGCUCAUCAUGUUGGUCGACGAUUUCUACUACGGCAGAGACGGCGGCAAAGUGAACCAGCUGCUCAACUUCCCCAAGGUCCCCACCUCCUUCAGGUGUCCGCACUGCACCAAGCGGCUAAAGAACAAUAUACGGUUCAUGAAUCACAUGAAGCACCACGUGGAGCUGGACCAGCAGAACGGCGAGGUGGACGUGCACACCAUCUGCCAGCACUGCUACCGCCAGUUCUCCACGCCCUUCCAGCUCCAGUGUCACCUGGAGAACGUCCACAGUCCCUACGAGUCCACCACAAAGUGCAAGAUUUGCGAGUGGGCAUUUGAGACAGAGCCGAUGUUCCUGCAGCACAUGAAGGACACGCACAAGCCCGGGGAGAUGCCCUACGUGUGUCAGGUCUGUCAGUACCGCUCGUCGCUCUAUUCCGAGGUCGACAGCCAUUUCCGCAUGAUCCACGAGGACACGCGGCACCUGCUCUGUCCCUACUGCCUCAAGGUCUUCAAGAACGGCAACGCCUUCCAGCAGCACUUCAUGAGGCACCAGAAGAAGAGUGUUUACCACUGCAACAAGUGCAGACUCCAGUUCCUAUUUGCCAAGGACAAAAUCGAACACAAGCUACAGCACCACAAAACUUUCCGCAAGCCCAAACAGUUGGAAGGAUUGAAACCUGGAACCAAGGUGACCAUCAGGGCGUCGCGAGGCCAACCGCGGACGCUGCCGCUGUCUUCCAACGACAUGUCGCAGGGCGCCGGGCACGAAACGGCCGCGUUGUCGUCCGCUACCGACCCCCAGCCCAUCUUCCUGUACCCGCCCGUCCAGAGGAACGUCCAGAAGAGAGCCGUCAAAAAGAUGAGCGUCCUGGGCCGACAGACGUGCCUGGAGUGCAGCUUCGAGAUCCCCGACUUCCCCAACCACUUCCCCACCUACGUGCACUGCUCCUUGUGUCGCUACAGCACCUGCUGCUCCCGCGCUUACGCCAACCACAUGAUCAACAACCACGUUCCUCGGAAGAGUCCAAAGUACUUGGCUUUGUUUAAGAAUUACACUGCCUGCGGUGUAAAACUCUCCUGUUCCUCUUGUCUCUUUGUGACAUCUGAGGGGGACGCGAUGGCCAAACACCUGGUCUUCAAUCCCUCGCACGAGUUUAGUAACAUUAUUUUCCGAGGGCCUACUUGGAUAUCACAUUCCAGGCACGUCCAGCCCCAGGAUAAGAGCGUGAAGAACCCGUGUCCCACCUAUUCCCCCAGUAAAGCUGCUACUGUGAAAACCAAGUCUGCGUUACCCAGCAAGGACGAGCCGGAUCUGGCGCCGGCGACGCACGAAGGAGCCGCGCUGGGCCGGGAGGACGAAUCCUUCAACGUGGCCGACGAGCAGCCGGCCAAGGAGCCCGAACCCGCCGGCAAAAAGCUGCAGCUAUCGGUAAAAAAGCUGCGGGUCGUCCUGUUCGCCUUGUGCUGCACCACGGAGCAGGCGGCCGAGCAUUUCCGCAACCCGCAGCGGCGCAUCAAGCGCUGGUUGCGGAGGUUCCAGGCGUUCCAAGAGGAGAAUUUGGCGUCGCUGUCGGAGGGCAAGUACCUGAGCUUGGAGGCCGAGGAGAAGCUGGCGGAGUGGGUGCUGACGCAGAGGGAGCAGCAAUUGCCCGUCAACGAGGAGACGCUGUUCCAAAAAGCCACCAAACUGGGCCGCUCGCUGGAAGGCGGCUUCAAGAUCUCCUACGAGUGGGCGGUGCGGUUCAUGCUGCGGCACAACCUCAGCACGCACGCGCGGCGCGCCGUGGCGCACCCGCUCCCCAAGGACGUGGAGGACAACGCCGGCUGCUUCAUCGAGUUCGUGCAGCGGCAGAUCCACACCCAGGACCUGCCCCUCUCCAUGAUCGCCGCCAUCGACGAGAUCUCGCUCUUCCUGGACGUGGAGGUGCUGAGCAGCGACGACCGCAAGGAGAACGCGCUGCAGACGGUGGGGACCGGCGAGCCCUGGUGCGACGUGGUCCUCACCAUCCUCGCCGACGGCAGCGUCCUCCCCACGCUCGUCUUCUACCGCGGGCGCGUCCAGCCGCCCGCCAACGUGCCGGAGUCCGUCCUGCUGGAAGCCAAGGAGGGCGGCUACAGCGACGACGAGGUGAUGGAGCUGUGGGCGUCGCGCGUGUGGCGAAAACACACGGCGUGCCAGAACAGCAAGGGCAUGCUGGUGCUGGACUGCCACCGCACGCACCUUUCCGAAGAGGUUCUGGCCCUUCUGAGCGCCUCCAGCACCCUCCCCGCCGUGGUCCCCGCCGGCUGCAGCUCCAAAAUCCAACCCCUUGACGUUUGUAUCAAAAGAACCGUGAAAAACUUCUUGCAUAAAAAAUGGAAGGAGCAAGCCAAGGAGCUGGCGGACUCCGGCUGCGACUCGGACAUCCUGCUGCAGCUGGUGCUGUGCUGGCUGGCCGAGGCGCUGGAGGUGAUCGCGGACUCACCGGAGCUGGUGCAACAAUCCUUUUUGGUGGCCAGCGUCUUGCCGGGACCCGACGGCACCGCCAACUCUCCCACCCGCAACGCCGACAUGCAGGAGGAGCUGAUCGGCGCGCUGGAGGAGCAGCUGAAGCUCGGCCAGCCCCGCGGCGCCGGCGAACGGCAACGCCGGCAACCGCCCGAGGAAAGCGCCGACCCCGACGUCCUGCACCGGCUCUUUGAGGGCGAGAGCGAGACCGAGUCCUUUUACGGCUUCGAAGACGCCGAUUUGGAGCUGACGGAGAUUUGAGGCGCUUCCCAACCGUUCGGGGCUUUGAGAUGAGAACCUUGACGCUUCCCUGUGGAUUCGUGGGUUUAGGAAACUCGUAGGCGAUCGCUCCGAUCAAUAGCCAUCGAUGCCGUUCAUUUCUAAGUUUUUGUGCUUUUUUUAAAAAGGAAAAACAAAAAAAAUCACUGUGUUGGUAUUUUCUUGAAGAUCUAUCGUGGGUGAAUAUUUUUGCGUUUUCUUUACCUCACUGUAUCAUAGUUUUCUGGGUUUAUUGUGCAGAAAUGUUUUGAAUUCUACAUCGUCUACGUGACCAUUUCUAAAGGCAAAAAACCGACUAUGUAGCUAAUGAACCAGUAUAUAAAUCUUUUGGGUUGUCUUAACACAGAUUUCUUUUUAACACCGGAGAUUUAGGUUCCUGUGGGAAAUUUAGAUAUGAGUUAUCGCUUUAAUGUGUGAACCCCUAUAAUUGACCGUUAAGAUUUGGGGGUUAAUUAUUUGGACGCGGGGUUAAACCACAAGUUUUUGGUGUUUGAUGCCAGCGAGCGCGGACAGAACCAAGAACCCCAAAACAUCCCCUUUUCCCCCCAUUUCCCCGCUUGGAAAUAGGGGGAAUGAGGGAAGUUUGGGUGGGGGUUCAACCAUAUGGCGCAGUAACCAUCACUAACUAGUCCCGCUCAACCAGCAGCCACUACGUUCCUUAGGAUUAGAACCCCCCCCCCAUUUAACGCAACAAAACUGUGACGUGCACAAAAUCAAAGGAGAAGACGUUUGGUUUUAUUUUUCACCACCGGCUUCAGGUUUUUCUACAAUUUGCAUGUUUUUUAACUGUACGUGCUCGGGAAGGACGCGCGGAACCGUCCGCGGAGCUUUGCGGCACCUGCGGCCCUGUAAAUGCUUCGUCUUUCCCAUGUACAGACGUGGAACGUUUAAUAAAACCAGGGAAAUGGAUUUAUAAA